CCAUGCUUGAUUUGUCCCAAGUGUCACUAAUGUUGUAUAUUGGCGACAGUGAAUUUGAAAAUAAAGUGACCGAUAUGCGUUCGGUUGGUUAGCAGCGCGUACGAUUGAAUUGCGAGGCUGUUACGAAAUAUUCUGGCAGUGUUACGAUGUUCUAUUUGAUGGUAAUUGCUAAUUAAGGAAACUACUACAAAAUGGUGAAAAACUUCGUGAUACCUUUGACGAAAGAUGAGCUUCUGACGUCUCACGCUGGGCAAUACUUCGUCGAAGAGAUUAUACCUCUACGGACAAUAUCACAGGCCCUCGAUGUUACGCGAUCAGCGCUGCAAACAAAGGGAGCACGUUUCAUUCUGGACUACUUCGACACAUUUUUCUCUGUUAUUGUUCAUAGCAGUAAAGUGGAACUUGUGGUCUGCCUGCGUGCCUUCAAUAGGAUUCAUAGAGCUAUAGAAAUACUCGUGGACGACUUGGAAAACAUAUUUGAUCAUGGCAAAGACAUCGCGGAAGAAGACAGAGAAGCGUACUUGUGUAUUAACAAGAUGCUGGCCUAUCUGUUCUCGCACUUUGUCUGUCACAUGGAGGAACAUAUCAUGAGGAGUGCAAAUGAGACUGUUGGAAAGCGCAAGAAAAGUACAAAAACGGAUGUUGAAGAAGAGUGGGAGCAAUUGAGGCAGAAAGCUUUGGAACUUCUGUAUCGAUGGCUACAGAUACCGUUGAAUAAGAUUUGGAAACCUCCAAUCGUUGAAGAUUCAUUUGUUACGAUAUUAGCCCAGACGUGUUAUAAAAUAUUGGAACAGAGCAAGGAUGCCAAACAGAAGCACAUGAGGCAAACUAUAUUUGAGAUUUUGGCGACCUUGAUUAAAAGAUAUAAUCACGGAAUAACUUGCGUCGUGAGAAUCAUCCAGUUGGUGAAAUUGUACGACUCGCUAGCAGCACCCAUAGCGGUUGGUGUGGUGCACAUGGCCACCGAAAGCGGCUGCAAUGGUCUGAUAAAAGAAGUGAUGAACGAGAUUGGGCAGAGUGAGAUUGGCGAAGGGGACAGUCGCAACGUGUCCACGUUCCUCGAGAACAUUGCGAUCUCGCAGCCUAAUCUCAUAAUUCCCAUUCUCGAUGAUAUCAUGGAUUACCUGUCGAACGAUUUCUACACCAUGAGGAAUUGCGUGAUCGGGGUUUUGGGCGCUGUAGUGCAGAAGGCGUUGACUGGCGAGGAUCUUACGGAGGAGCAGAAAGCGAAACGCGACGAGUGUCUGGAUACCUUGGAGGAGCACAUUCUAGAUUGCAAUGCUUACGUGAGGUCGAAGGUGCUUCACACUUGGCAAGCCUUAUGUUGCGAGGGUGCUGUUCCACUGACGAGGCACGGAAGGCUCUUAGCCGGCACUGUGUUGCGAUUGGAAGAUAAGAGCGCGAACGUGCGCAAGCAGGCUCUUCAGCUGCUACGCACUCUUCUGCAGAGCAAUCCCUUCGCUGGCAAAUUAAAUUGCGUCGAACUCUCGGCGUCGUUGGAAAAGGAGAAGGCAAAAUUGCAAGAGCUGCAGGCUCAACUUGUAAGUUCCAGUGAGCGUGGUCACGCGCAAAGGUUCGAGCUCUGGACCGCGUUGCUGCCGGAUAUAAAGAUCGCGAUAAAGAAGAUUCUAGAGAAUGAGGAAAACGAGCAUUUGAGUAGUAGUAUGAGGUGCAAAGAGAACGUCGAUCCUGAUCGUGCGUUUGAACAUGUGAGGCAAUUACUAUUGAAUAGGAAGGUCACUCGGGCAGUGACGUAUCUGUGGGAAGUCUGUACGAGAUUGGAAGGCGCUCCCGAGAUGGAAAGUCUUUCCACUGCAGCGAAGGAGGAAUGUCUGUUCGUCUUUCUGUUGAAAAUCUUCAUGGAAUCGGAGGACAAACCGACAGGCGGCGACAGAAAUGUGACCGAUGCAAACAAAUCGGAGAAGGACACCAAGAUCAGGGAGGAGACGGGUCUGCAGAAACGCGUUGUGAAUUACGUGAAGAAUUGUCUCGAAUUCGCGAGCGAGUUGGAGAAGGCGAUACCGAUGGCCGAGAAGCUGCUGUUCUCCACGUGCGCCGGCGACGCUGUUGAAUCCUGCACGUUUCUAGGGACCGCUUCUCAAUUUAAAGUAACUGGAGCGGACAACUCCGUGCGCGAAGCGUUGUUCCAAGUGUUCCAUCGUGAUCAGUCCGUGCGCAGCAACGUGGCCAUGGUGUACAAGGAGAUCUAUCUCUCCAUCGACAACAACAAACGAUCGGAUCGUCAAAUAGCCGUCGCUCGCGCGAAUCACCUCGUCAACUUGCUGAAGGAGUUGCAGCCCGGUCAGAGUCCGGCACUGGCUCAGCUGAUCGCAACGUGGUACGAGAACGGUGAAUUAAACAGUGAAUUGCUACAGAUUCUGUGGGAGAAGUUUUCCAUGAAGUUUCCGGGCACGUCGGCAAUACACAGCAGAGCCGCGUUGAUGAUAAUAACAAUGAUGUGCCAGGCGAAAUCUAGUAUAGUGACCAGCAAUUUGGACGUAUUAGUGAAGAUAGGGCUUGGUCCGCGCGCGAGGGAGGAUCUUCUUCUAGCGCGAGACGCCUGCAGGAUGCUGUUAAAGAUCAAACAAGAUAAGGAUGUUGAAAAAUCGCCGCUCAAGUACCCGAACGACCACGAUAUAUUCCGUGAAAUCUUGUCGUUAUUAACGGAGAACUUCAUCGAGGCCGAUGAGAACGCUUACAUCUCUUUUGCUACGGACGCGCUUAAUGCCGUGUAUCACUUGGCGAAUCAGCCGGAUAAAUUAGCAAAGCAGCUGUUAUUGGACAUCACCGAGAAAGGCCAGUUCAGGAAUGCAGGGAACGGCCAAGCAGUGAGCGUGCCGUGCACCGUGCUCUCCAAACUGCUCUACAUAAUCGGACACAUCGCGAUCAGACAGAUGGUUCACUUGGACAUAUCGGUCUACAAGGAGUUGAAACGCAGGAACGCGGUGCGAGAGAUGCAGGGUAAGAGCAAGAAGCAAAAGAGGAAAGGCAACACGUUUUCGUUGGAUAAAACUCAACCGGCGAACGCCUCGACCCCGUUAGGCGCGCGACCAGCCCUUCGGAACAAAAAUCACUCGGCAAGCGUGGCAAAUACGACGAGCAUGUGCAGCGAAGAUAACGGAGAGGAGGCUCUAGAGGGUGCGGUGGACGAUGCCGAGGCGGAGUUCAUAAGCAGCACGCUCGAGAACGAGAUCGUCACCGGGAGCGGCUUGCUGGCGAAGUUCGUCCCGCUGGUGUUGGACGUGUGCAUGCACCCUGACAAGUACAACAGCGAGAAUCUGCAGGCCGCGGGAUCCCUCGCGCUCAGCAAGAUGAUGACGGUGAGCUCGGAGUUCUGCGAACAGUCCCUCCAGCUCCUGGUCACCAUACUGGAACGGUCGCCGCAUCCCGGCGUCAGAUCGAACACGCUGAUCGGAUUGAGCGAUCUCACCACUAGGUUCCCCAAUCAGGUCGAGCCAUGGUCGAAGCACAUCUACGGCAGGCUCCGAGACGAGGACGUGAACGUGCGUAGAACGUGCGUUCGCAUGCUGUCAAACCUGAUAAUGAGGGAGAUGAUACGCGUGAAGGGGCAGGUCUUGGAAUUGGCGCUUUGCAUCAUCGACGAGGACGAGAAGAUACGGCAGGACACGAAAGAGUUUUUCAAUCAGCUCGCUCAGAAGGGCAAUGCUCUGUACAACGUAGUGCCCGACAUAUUGUCGCGUUUAGCGGAUCCUGAAUUGAACCUCGAGGAGAAGCAGUUCCAGGAGACCAUCAGGUACAUACUCGGCCUGAUGCAGAAGGAGAGGCAAAUCGACACCAUAAUCGAGAAGAUCUGCGCUAGAUUUAAAUUGGCCGUGACGGAAAGGCAAUGGCGCGAUCUCUCCUACUGCCUCUCGCUUUUGCAGUUCAGCGGGAAGAGCAUACGACGUCUCAUCGAGAGUUUGCCGCUGUUGAAGGACAAGAUACAUUACAAGCCGGUAUUCGCGGCCUUGCAAAGUAUCAUCGAGCAAACGAAGAAGAAGGCGGACGCGAAGGCCGCUUGCCUAGAACUAGAAGAGAAGGUGCAGGAACUUCUGGAGAGUGAAUCAAAGACGGACGUGCCGGACAGCCGUCUCAUGCCGCCACCGUCCACCGCGCCAAGGAUCAGGAGAAACGUUCGUCGAAGCAGGCGUAAGAACACGAGCGACGAGGACGAGAGCAGUUCUAACGAUGAGGAAGACGCGGAUGAUGCACCCGAUGCAAAUUUGGAAAAUAAUAAAGGAAAAGCUGGUAGAAGAGUCUCCCGUGCAAAGUCAAUUACAAAGGAUGAUAACGAUGACGAUGAUGAUGAUGAUGAUGAUGAUGAUUGCAGUGCCUCUGCUGCAAUGCCUGCAAAAAAUGGCAAGAGAAGAUCACGCACAGAAAAGAAAAACGCGAAGACGAGCAGUAGUCAUCACGACAGCAGCGGUGGACCGUCCAUGAAACGAAAUAAGACUGAUAAAUCGUCGAUGCGUGAGACUCCAACCAGAAAUUCAACUCGAUCAUCCAAAACACAUAAAUAAACUUUUCUUUUUAUAUAAAAGGUGUGUGUAUAUAUAUAUAUAUACACACACACACACACACACACAGGGUGGC